AUGACCGAAAAUGAGGAUCUCCUGGCCAAGAUCGGUCAGCUUGCAGGUCAAAUCAACCGCCACAAGACACAAGAGACCCAGUCUACUAAUCACCAGUCUCAAUAUGUGUCUCGUCAUGUCCCAUCUCACCAAGGAUGGGCACCUUAUUACAGAGGAGGUCGCGGACGAGGACGAGGACGUGGAGGAGCUGUUGCUCCCCAUCGGCAUCGCACGCUUAUAUUGAACAACACAGGUGUUGGUUCAACUACUAGUACCACCCCCUCCCCUGCACCAACAGGCGACCACAAUGGCGCCACGCUUCCCACACCAACUUCGAGCAAUGGCUGGGUUGCAAGGCACGAUCGCCACAUGCAGUUGAUCAACUCUGCCGUUUACGAUAAGGAAGCCCAGGCUAGGGCAAAGGCUAUGGAAGAAACGCGCAAAUUUAGAGAACGGAAACGAGCAGAGCGCGAACAAGCAAAAGUACUUCGAUAUGCGCAAGGCCCUGGUGCUACUGCGAUGGUCUCUACCUCUGCACACCCUACAGCCGGCCAUCAGAUUCUCGUCAACGAUGUUGCCUUCAAGGUCGCACGGGGCGGAAGUAAACUGAUUCGAGUCUCAAAUGACCCCAGUACUGCCAACAAUACCCCUAAGCGUGUUACGGUGGCCGGCGUCUCGUUUGUGCGCAGCAAAAACGGAAACUUGCACCGCCUUGGCGCCAAACGCGACGAGCUUUGCAAGAGAUUUACAACAACCGGUACAUGUUACAAAGGCCCAACCUGCCUCUUCGUUCAUGACCCCAGCAAGGUUGCCAUUUGCAAGGAUUUCCUUCAAACAGGCCAAUGUGCCGCAGGUACUAGCUGUGAUCUAUCCCAUGAGCCCUCGCCUCACCGCUCCCCCACCUGUAUGCAUUUCCUUAGAGGGCGCUGCGCCAACCCGGAAUGUCGUUAUACCCACGUCCGCGUGACCCCUGGCGCCCCCGUUUGUCGCGCGUUUGCAACACUAGGUUAUUGCGAGAAAGGCGACACCUGCGAAGAAAAGCACGUCCACGAGUGCCCAGACUACGCCAAUACCGGUGCCUGCCACAAGAAGCGGUGUCAACUGCCCCAUGUUGACCGCGCGGGCCAGAUCCGAAAAGCUGCCGCGGCUGCUGCUAGUAAGGCUGAUUUGGGAGAUGAUGAGUCUGACCCGUCUAGCGAGGAAGAGAACUACGAUGCCAUCGAUUCGGACGAUGUUGACUCCGACGAGUUCGACGAUUCCCCCGAAGAAAUUAUCGAGGGCGUGGAUAGCGGCGAGAUGUCGCAGCAGCAGGACUUUAUUAGCUUCUAA